AAUCUGUGAGUCACAAGCUGAACAGACAGACAAAAAAAUGAUCAUCGGUGAUCUGACUUGACAUUUCAUUUCGAAUUUAUGUUUGUGCAUUUUAAAAAAUAAUUGAAAAAACAUGGAAGCUGUACCGCGUUUGCCAAUGAUUGGUUGCGAUAUUAAAAUAAGUCCACAAAACACAGAAUUUGCUCCUAUUCUUAAAAAGUAUAUUCGAGAUCAUUACCAUGAGGAUCCUGACUCUUAUAGUAAAGAGAUAAAGGAGUUAGAAACAUUAAGACAGAAUGCAAUAAAGGCUCCUAUGGAUUUUACUGGUUGUAGUAUUUUGAAACGCUAUUAUUCUCAACUUCACAAGUUGCAGAGCCGUUUCCCUAUGAUUGAUGAUGGCCCUGCUUGUGUACCAUUCAUGUGGACUGACAUAUAUUCAGGUGUUGCUUAUAAUAUAACAGACAUUGAAUAUGAAGAAGCAUGUAUUUUAUAUAAUAUUGGAGCAUUGCAUUCCAAACUGGGGACUAUGGAUUCCCGCUGUAAUGCUGAGGGUAUGAAAAUAGCCUGCACACAUUUCCAGUGUGCUGCUUGGGCAUUUCAACACUUAAGAGAUACCUAUCCUCAACCAAAAGGUAGUGACAUGUCCCAUGACCUUCUCACCUUUUUCAUAAACAUAAUGCUGGCUCAAGCUCAGGAAUGCAUAUUGGAAAAGUCCAUGUUAGAUAAUAGGAAAUCUUCCAUCACAGCUAAAAUUGCUGCUCAAGUUGUUGACUAUUACAAGUGUGCUCUUGGUAUAAUGGUUUCUGGAAGUCCCAGUACUGAUACUGGAAGUAUACUAGAUAUUGUUGGAUCAAAAAUUUUUAAGGGCUGGAAGAAAUUUAUUGAGUUUAAGAUGUCAUAUUAUACUAGUAUAUCUCAUUUGUAUAUGGGUAAUCAAGCUGAAGAAAAUGAAAAAUGGGGUGAACGAGUUGCAUGGUUUCAAUCAGCUUAUGAUCAUUUGACUGAGGCUUUCAAAAGUGCUAAGGGUUUGGAUCAAGAUGAAUUAAAUGAACCUUUAACUUUCACUAUGGAUGUUAUUGGUGGAAAGCAUAGUUCUUCUAAGAAAGAAAAUGAAUUUGUUUAUCAUGACAAAGUACCUGCUCUUAGUAGCUUACCUGAACUCAAAGGUGCAUCAUUAGUGAAAGGAAUUCCAUUUAGCAUAACUGAUCCUGAUGUUUCAGGACCUGAUAUAUUUGCUCGACUUGUCCCAAUGGAAGCCCAUGAAACUUCCUCUCUCUACAGUGAGGAGAAAGCCAAAAUUCUGAGGUCUGUGGUUGCGAAAAUUGAAGGAAAAAAUGAAGAAUUAAUGGCUUAUUUGUCUUCUCUGCAACUUGAAAGUGGAAUGUCUUUAGAUGAUGAUGAGAAAAUUCCUCAAGAGUUGCUUGAAAAAUGUGCAGCUAUAAGUGUUCGUCCCACUUUAAUUUCUGAUUUAGAGGACAUUAUGAAAGACUUAAUAGGUGUUUCAAAAGAUGUGGAUACAGCUUUGAAGUCAACAUUUGCUCUUUUAGCGGAUGAAGAAAAAAAGGAAUUGCAGCAUCAAGAAACAUUUGGAAAAAGAGUAGCAUCUAUGUUAACUACAGAACUUAAAAAAGAAUGUUCAAAAUAUGAAGAAGCCCAUAAAAAGGCUAUAGAAUCUAAUAACACUUUGGAAACUGCUGUUAACAUACAUAUAAACAAUUUAGCUAAACUCUUUCUGCCACUUGAAGAACUAGCUACAAUUUUACCUUCAACCAGUUCAAUAAAAACACCAGAAAAUCAAAAGGCUAUGGAGACUUUCAAUCAUCUAGUUAAUAAAGUAGAUGAAAUGCGUAAACAGCGACAAUAUUUAGAGCAGCAAUUGAGAGAUUCCUUAAUAAACGAUGACAUUACAAAGACUUUAGUUACUCUAAAGAAAAAGGAAGAUUUACAGCAAGUAUUUGCUGAGGAGUUGAAGAAGCAUGAUGAAAUUGUAAACUAUCUUGAUCAAAACCUGUCAGCUCAAGAUAAUAUUUUAUGUGCCUUAACGGAAGCAAAUGCUCGUUACGCAGACACAAGAAAAGCCAUGACUGAAAUAAAGCAUCAGCGUCAGGAAAUGGUAAAUGCUCUUAUUAACUCUUUUGAAUCUUAUGAUGAUUUGAUUUCAAAAGCAAAGAAAGGGCUUGAAUUUUAUAAAAAAUUGCAAACAAAUGUAACUCGUCUUCUUACACGAGUUCGUAGUGUCACAAAAGUUCAAGAUGAAGAAAGAUCUCAAAUUGCAGAAGCUGAAUUAAGAAAAGGAUCUAAAAUGCCUGUUGCUCCUAAUGUUCCUCCUACACAGCAUGUACCAAAAUUGAAAGAUUACCUUCCAUAUAUGACAAAACAAGGUGGUACUAUGUCAGUAACUCCAGGAAUUUUUAAUGCUUAUCCUCCGCAACUCCCAGCUACUCAAAUAAUUGCUGAACCUGUAAGACAAGCAACUUUAGGAGGGCCAUCUGUGGAGACAUUUGAUCGAACAUUAAAGCCUCUACCAAAAGAAAAUAUAAGACCAGAAGAUGGUGUGGAAAUUCCAUCGAUUGGUGUUCGACCCACUCCAGUUGGUUCAGAACAAACAUCAGCUCCAGCCAUGUGCACUCCAACAGCUUCUUACACUCAGGUUGGAAGUGUUCCUUACUCUGCUCCUCAACAGAUACCUAGUAGUACUCCAGUUUCAACUGUUUUGAACAACUAUUCUGCAUCAUAUGUUCCUUAUCAAUAUCCAACUUCUGUAGUGAGCAACUCAAACAUUAUGCCUACUGUUCCAUCCUCAAAUGCCACUUAUUCACAUCCAUAUGUUCCUAAUCCCCAAUCUACUCAAAGUUACACUCCUCAAGUUCCCAAUCAAAAUCUUGUUUCUGCUAAUCAAUACAAUACAAAACCAAAUUUCCAGCCUCCAACUGGUUCUGUUCUGCCUCAAGGUACAACUAAUGCUCCAAGGUUUGGAAUGUUGCCGCAAAAUGCAAUCCCAUCUUCACCACAAUCACAAGUAAAUAGUCUACAAAGGCCUCAAUUUCCAUCUGCUGCUCCUGUUUCAAGUACACUGACACACCCAGUUGGAUCUUAUCAGUAUCCUAGAGACUCAGCUAGUAUCCCUAAUUCUCAAAGUACUGGCUAUUUUUCACACACUGCGAAUGCUAUACCAGCUAGUAAUGUAGCAGCAGCAUCAUCUACGCCACAAAAUCAAAUGCAGUCAUCUCAGCAAGGAACAAUGCAAGUGAAUCCUUAUGCAGCCAUGCCUGGUUAUGCAUAUGGUCAAAAGCCUGUAUCAGAAAUGAAUAAUUAUCAAACAUUUUCAUCUGCGCAGAGUUAUCAGACUAAUACAAAUAUUGGUUUAGCUAGUGUUACUGCAUCAAUGGAUACUAGGACAAGUACUUUCAAUUCAUCACUACCUUAUUCUGCUAAUUCCAGUUUCAUACCUUCUAUACAGCCAAGGAAUGUCACUCCUCAGGUGGCACCAACAUCAUCAGCUUAUGGUUUUCCUGUAAAUGCACCGUCUCAGUUUUAUAGUCAGUUUCAGUCCCAGACAUCUGUUAAUCCUCCUAUGCCUACCAGCAAUUCUGCUGUUUCUAGUACACCACCAAGUAGUACUGGGUACGGUACUGCAACUUAUCCAUAUUCAAGUAGUUAUGGUAACACACCUGUCCCUAAUCCAAGUGGUGGCUAUUACUCAUAUAUUCCACAAACUACACAACAUAUUCCUGCUCCAAAUGCAACCUAUUCUGGAAUGAAUGUUCCACCGGCAAGUUCAGCUUAUUCCACAACAAAAUUGCCUGCUGCAAAUUCAACUUACUCUGUUACAAAUGUUACAUAUUCUGCUACAAAUACUUCAGCUAUAAGUUCAUCUUUUUCUGCAGCUGUUAUCCCUUCUGGAAAUGCACCUAAUGGUCAUAGUGGUGCUUCUGUAGCAUCUGCUAAUUAUGCUAGACCAAAUAUGUCCAUUACAGGUGCCCCUACAAAUUUUCCACCUGUUCAAGCUGCUAAUCAAUUACCUAGUUCCGGAAAUAUUCCUGCUACUACUUUUCCAGCUCCUACAAAUAUUCCUACUGCUACCGUUCCAUCACAAAAUAGUUCGUUUCCCACUCAUACUGCUGUCCAACCUCCAGUGGCUAAUACUUUUAACCCUCAACAAAAUUAUCAAUUACCUCCAAAUUCAGUUAAUCAAUAUGCAUAUCCACUAAGUAAUGCUGCUCCCACUAGCUAUGGGAUUCCAAAUGUACAGUGUCAAGUUAUAUCACCUCAACCUACUGCUGUUCCUCCAAAUCAACCAUUACAACCUUCUCCAACUAAUGUUCCGAGUCGCCCAGAAUUAAAAAGCCCAGCCGUAGUUGCUGAUAAACCUGUAGUCAAAGAAAACUCUCAUUUAAAUGCAAUUAGAGAUCUUAUUACUCCUCCUCUUGAGACUGAAUGUACAAGUUCUGUAGAUUCAACAGAUAAACCUGUACCUCAAGUUUUACAACCUCAGGUGAUUGACUUGAAAAGUAUCCCUCAACCAAAGGAAAAAGAACCACUGAAGGAUCCUUUAGAUGAUCCUUCAGUGCGCUCCAAGUUUGUUAGUGAAGUUGAAAAAUAUGAAAAAUUUGUUGAUGGUUUGGUCAGGAAAUCUCUGAAUGGAACUACUCCUCUUGAUCAGAAAUGGAAGGAAUUCAUAGAUACACAAGAUAGGGAAUCAAGAAAAUUAUCCAUUUCUGUAGCUCGUUGCUAUCCAUUGAAAAAUCGAUUCCCAGAUGUCAUGCCUUAUGAUAGCAAUAGAGUGCAGCUGACUUCUGCCAAAGAUGAUUAUAUAAAUGCUUCUUAUUUAAAGGAUAUUUGUCCUGGCAGUCCAGUAUUUAUCAUCACUCAAGCUCCAUUACCUGCUACAUUUGGUGAUUUCUGGCUAAUGAUUUGGGAACAGCAAGUGGAAACUUUAGUUUGUCUUUUACCAGAUUCUGAGUUGAAAAAUCACAUAUACUUCCCGAAAGAAAGAGGAGCAGUGCAAUCUUGUGGAGCAUUUGAAACCACUUUACAAAGUUACAAAGAAAAGAAUGGCUUUAUUGAAAGAAUGAUUAAUGUUACACAUGUAAAGAAUCGAAUUUCCAGAGUUGUAGUUCAUCUUCAGUACACUCAUUGGCCUGCAAGUGGCAUUCCUCAAACUCCUGGGCCCCUUUUGCAAUUUGUAUCGGAUGUCUUAAGUUAUCAUAAACAACAACGAAAUCUUAUGAGACCUGUUGCUGUGCACUGCAGUGCGGGCAUUGGUAGAAGUGGAUGUUUUUGCUUAAUUACUGCAUUGGUCAAUGAAAUGAAUAGUGGUCAUGGUCCUAGAGAUGUGGCAGUAGUAGCUACAAUUGUUAGCCAGCAAAGAAAGUUUCUCGUACAAGACAAGGAACAGCUGAAGUUUUGUUAUGAUACUGUACUAUAUUAUGCGCAAGAUUUGUUGAUGAAAAGAGGCAUACUUACCAAUCGAGCUUCCUUUGAUGAUAAACUUCCAGUAUCUGGAAGCACUAGUUCUCAUGUACGACACCCAUCUGAAGAUUUCAUCUUAGGAAGUGGUGGCUUAGCAAAAUUGCAGUCUGGAAUGGAGAAAUUAGGUCUUUCAUCUGGUCAACAAAAUGUUGAGAGUGAAAUUACUUCAACAGAAAUUGCUAUAACUAAUAAUACUAUUACUGUUGAAAAUGGUGGUGGUGAUACAUCUGAAAAUUCCCAGCCCUCUGAUGAAUUAACAGCAUCAGAGCCUAUAGACAAGAAAGAUGAACCUGCUUCUACUCCUGAGCCUCCAAAAGACAGUAAGACCAGUGCUGAAAAGCCCUUGCCUUCUAUAACUAGUCUACUAGACCCAUCAAACUUUACACUUGAUUCCGCUGGCUCUCCUGCAAAAAGAAAAAUUACUAAAGACAACUUUGCUACUUCAAGAGGCAGUUUGUCUACAUCAAGCUGUGACAGUGCUGAUCCUUUAAGUCAGCUGGAUCCACUGUGGUCUUUAAAAAAGUAAUUAGGAUGUGGUUGUAAUGAAUUCUGGAUCACUGAAAGUGUCUUAUUGGUAUUUAUAAAUUUGCAGUUUAGACUAUGGAUGAAGGAGCUUUCAAAAAUAUCUGUACAUAUACUACUUCUCUAAGCUUGUUAAGAAUGUAAUUACUUUUUGAAUUAGAGUAGAUUUAAUUUUGAAUGCCUGAGAACCAUAAAUUGUUUGAAAGUUACUUUUUUAUUAUUUUUAGUAUUGUGUUUGUAUUCAAGGUUUUUUUAAUAUGAUUUGAAAGUAGUAUGCAAAUAUUUUGAAAAAAUUACUGCAUAUCUGUAUAUAAUAGUUUAACUAGAAGAAUAUCCAAUUUUUAUUCACAGAAUGUUCUUUUUUAUAAUUUACCUCACUUGAAUUUGUUUCACUUAUAAAUGUGCAUUCUUUUAAAAGUAUCAAAUAUAUAUGUGCUGGACAAGAUUGUGAAUCUGUUUUGUUUUAUUUAAAAUCGUGUAUGCUUGAAAAUGAAUAAUAUUUGUUUAUCAAGAUAUGCUUAUAUAUGGUAAUUAAGAAAAUAUUUACUUAAUUCAGCAUAUAAUUUUGACAUUUUAAAUUUUCGUCCAUUAUUACAUUGCAUAUUUAUUUGUGUAAAGUGGUUUGAUUUACUGAUACAUUUUUAAAAGUUUUUAGUUUUCGAAGUUUUUUCAUGUAUGCUGUGAGAUUUUAAUUAUAUAUGGUAGUUACAAAAGAAUACAACAAUUUGAAGACUAUU